AUGGGAACAUGCCAGUCUAUUGGGGGAGCCGCCACGAGUGGACGUGGUCUUACUGGGAGACAGGUCGCUGGGGCACUGGCUGCUGCAGCUGAUGCUCAACUGCGGAAUCAUCGUGACCGCUUGAGGGCGGAGGAAAAUGUGCCCUUUUUCAGACAUCGCACCGUAAGCGGAGUCAUCCAGACGCUGGAGGGGCUAGGAAUUGAGAAGUACCGGGAGAAACGAGCAUUGCAGUUUGAAGUGCCAAACGGUGAGGGGCAAAAGGAGAUGGUGGAGGUGCAGGAGUAUGCCCCGGAUGUGUUUCGUUUCUUGCGUCAACUUGACGGCUUUGAUGAGGCUACUUUUGCUAACGAGUGGAAGUUGCCGGAAGAGCGGCUGGUCUUGGAGCUUGGCGAGGGACGAUCCAUGGCACUUUUUCUCAGGUCCAACUCGAUGGAUCUCAUGUGUAAAACAAUUUCGGAGGAGGAGGUUGAUGUCCUACUGGGACUCCUGCCGCAGUACACAGAACACCUUUCCCGGAACACUAACACGUUGCUGACACGCUUUUCGAUGCUUCUUAGGGUCGAGAGUAGCACCGCUGUAGGGUAUAUACUUUGCUUUGGGGAUGUCUUUGCGUCGUGCCCCGCGUUGAACGAGAAAUGGGACCUAAAAGGUCGCAUACCAAAGCCCGGCAAAUAUCAGCACUUUCUGAAGCUCAUCCAACGCCCGGGGGAGCCGCAUCCGUAUCUUAUUGAGACUCCGCGUGAAACCAUCAAGGCUCCUGAGUUGGCCGGGACGCUGGAAGGACAAGUGGUGGUUGUCGCAGCCACUGAUAGUUGCAAACUGGAAACUCGGAAAGACAAAGACCUUACGCGUCUCUUCUGGUUGGAAAGAAAUGAGCGGAAGAAACUGCUUCCUGUCCUUUUGAAGGACUAUGAAUUUCUGGGCAAUGCUGGAAUCAUGGAUUACUCUCUUUUAAUUGGUGUAACCUACAACGAGUCUAAAGUGUCGCGCUCCGGUAGACAUAUACGUAGUAUGCGUAUGACGUAUCCAAUGGGUAGCGAGCCAAAGGAGGCUCUCAUGGAGAUUCGUCCAGCAUCGCCGCCGCGGUUGGAAAAUGCAUUUCACGAGUUUGGCGCAGGAAUUAAUAGUUUGUACGAGCAAGAAGUGUAUUAUAUUGGAAUUAUAGAUACGCUGACAAAAUACACAUGGAAGAAGAAAGCGGCCAAUUUUUUCAAAUCCUUCCUGUGGAAGCCCGAAACACUUUCAACUAUUUCACCCAUGGAGUACCGCAAGCGCCUUUCAAAGUAUACAAAAAUUAUAUUUCCUGAUGUCAACGCUGCAAACAACACUAUUAUCUCCUGUUGA